AUGAUUCUAUGCCACUUUAUAUUAUCAAACUUGCAAAAAUAUUUUGAUUUAUUCAAGGAGCUCGACGCAGAGCAUGUGCCGAUCUUCUUGGUUCGGUGCAUCCAGCAGUUGGAGGCUAUUUCAACACAGUCGCUAGAACGAUUGGAAAUGUCUACUGGGGAUUCGGCGAUGGUUAUCCCCGAGCUGAUUGACUUAAUUCGUGUAUACAAAAAGUCGCAUUCCUUAGCAGAGAUUGACAAAAUACGUCAGCAGUACGAUUCUCAACUGCCUCUUCCAGAUGCUGAGAAUAAAUGUGGUUCCUGUACCAGCCAGGUGAUGGAAUCUGAUCCCUGUCGCCUGUCUCAGAUGAUUAAGUGGUUUUUUAGAGAAUUGCCAGAUCCCGUGAUUCCAAGCCAUCUUUUUAGUGAUUUUGUCGCUUUCCUGGAAAAUUCAAAGACAGGUGAUUGUACAAUUGUUGUAAAUAUUGUUGAUGUUGAUGUUGAUGCGGAUUAA